AUGUUUCUGAACGCGCUCGGCGGUCACCGUGCUGUGUCCACCCUCGCCUGCGGUUGCCGUGUGCCGCACCGCCCGGGCCACCCCGGCCCGGCCUGUUUCCGCGCCGCCCCCCUAAGGAGCCUUCGGGACCGGCGCUCCCGUCCGUGCGAAGCGCCCUUGGCGCGCUCGGAGAUGGGCGCAGGGCGCCGUUUCCAGCAUUCUCGAGAGGCAGGUGCAGAGAGAUUUCCCCUGUACCCUGGCCCCCUCCUGCUCGGCCGCCUUGGCUGUCAGCAGCGCCCUCCAGAGUGGUGCAUUUUUUUAACAAUUGGUGAACCUGUUCUGACACAGCAUCACCCAGAGCCCAUAGCUUUCCUGAGGGUUCACUCUUGGGCCUGGACACUCUAUGGGUUUGGACAGGAUCAUCUCAAAAAUGGCUACAGAAGAAGAUUUUGCCAACCUCCCAGGGCACCUGACAUUAAUAUGAGGCAAGACCAGAAUAUACUGGUAAUCUUACAAGACUGCUUUGAAGAUAAAAGUCUUGCCAAUGAGUUUAGCACAAAUUCUACAAAAUCAGUGCUUUGUUCAACACCUAAAAUAAAAGACACUUGUCUUCAGUCACCAAGCAGAGAGGCUCAGUGCCAGAUGUCACAUUCAAAGUCAGUUCCAGUUUCUUCAAGACAGAAAGGAGCCUUUCAGCAGUUAACUAUAGAACCAAUUGAAGCUGUCAACAAAUCAGUUCAGAUCCAUGAAGUUCAUCAGAAAAUUUUGGCAACUGAUGUUGGUUCUAAAACACCUGACUCAAGAAAAAUGUCAAAUAAAAAACUCAAAGAUCACCACAAUGACGCCAAUGAGGAAUUUUACUUAUCUGUUGGUUCACCUUUUGUUCUUUUGGAUGCAAAAACAUCUGUACCGCAAAAUGCUAUUUCGUCCAUUGGCCAAAAGAGAGAGACCUACACUUUUGAAGAUUCAGUAAAUAUGAUGUCUUCAAGUACAGAGAUUUCCCUUAAAACCAAAAAAAGGUUAGACUUUGAAGAUAAAGAUAUUUUGAAGAAAGUAGAAACAGAGGAUGACGUAUCAGAAAGACCACCAGAGAGAAAACCAUCAGAAACAUCGCGGAAAAUAAUACAAGAUUCAGAACAUGAAAUUCAAUCGCAAGCUAAGAAGAGUUUUUCAACAAUGUUUUUAGAAACUUUGAAAAGAAAAAGUGAAUCCAACCCUGUCUUUAGACAUAUAGCAACUGCUCCACCUGAAUCAUCUCCUGCAAAUGAUAUGAAUUUAGAGGAUGAAUUUAUAAUUGAUGAAUCAGAUAGUUUUGCCAGUCGGUCUUGGAUUACUAUACCAAGAAAGGCUGUGCCUCACAAACAUCACACGAUAUCCCCUCCUGAGAGCACUGCACUCCUUCAAAGUAAGAAGUCAAGAGAAGAACAUCACAAUUUAACAACUACAGCUUUGACAAAUGACAAACAUUCUGGCAAAGCUCAUCCAGUAGAGAAAUCUCAGCCCUCUAAUCAAAGAAAACUGGGUAGGAAUUGUACUUUGGCAGAUGAAGGGGAAAAUAAUUAUAAAUCUACAAAAAAUGAAAUGUAUUCUAAAAAUGCAGAAAAAUCACCUGGAAACAAAAGGACUAUAAAGCAAAAACAAAAAAAAGUUAAGGCCAAUGUAGUUGAAGAAGAGGUUGAUGUGGAACAAGCUAAAGAUAAAAGUAUCAAUAUGUCAUGUAUUGCCCAAGACAAGUCACAGAGAAAUUCAGACAGAAGUAUGAAAGCAUGUAAAGAGAAGAGAAAUGUCCAUAUUUCCAAAAAACAGAUGCCACCUGUAGGAAGUAAGAAAAGUAGCACCAAUGUUCCUCAUACAGCAAAUCAGGGGAAAAAUAGGGGAUGUGGAAAGAAAGAUUUUUCACAUGGAUCCAAGAACAACAAUCUUGUACUUGAAGAAGUGACUUUGACUGUCACGAAAAGCCAAAGAACUUCUAGGCGUCCAUCUAAUUGGUGGGUGGUAAAAUCAGAGCAGAGUCUUUUUUAUACCAGUUCUCCAGUAAGAAAUGAAUUGUCAGUGCAUCACAACAGUGGGCGAAAACCUGCUAAAAAAACAAAUCAAUCAUCUAAGAAUAUUGGGGGAAAAAAUGUUCCACUUAAAGGGCAGAAGAGAGCUAAUCGAGGCCGCUCAAGAGCACAUAAGAUUUUAAAUGCAAAAGAUUCCAGAGAAAUUAUUGACCAUGAUGAAAUUUCUGGUUCUUCCCAGAAUGAGUCUUUGGAAUGUGAUGAAGCAGACAUGGCUAAGAAAAAUCUUGAUCAUUCUGGAGUUACAGGAAGUUCAAAAGAUGAAGAUAACAUUGUGACUGCAAAAAAUACUCAUUUAAAGCCUCAGAGCAGUGGACACCCAUGCAAGACACCAGCAGAGUCUGACUCUGAUUCUGGAGAGCCUAAGACUUUAGUUUUGGAAGGAAGUGGACCUUUUAGGCUCGAGAAUUAUUUAAUGUCUGGAAAGAAUAAUUCAGAUGUAGAUGAUGAGGAAGAUCAAGAAAAUUCAGAUAACGCAGGAGUAAAAAGAUCUAAAGUAACACAAGAGAACAAAAUACAUCACAAAUUAGUAUUACCCUCCAACACACCAAAUGUGCGCAGGACCAAGAGAACACGAUUGAAACCUUUGGAAUACUGGCGGGGGGAGCGAGUACAUUACCAAGAAAGGGAAUCAGGAGGAUUUGUGAUUGGUGGAAUACUUUCCCCAGAAAGAGUAUCAUCUAAAAGGAAGGCCAAAGGAGAAACGAAAAAAGUCAAGCAAACAGUUAAUAGGAAAAGGAUCUGUCUUGAUAACAAUGAAAGAAAGAAAGAAUUAGUUGUAGAUCUGAAUAUACCUCUGGGAGAUCCUUUGCAACCAACGAGGGUAAAGGAUCCGGAAACAAGAAAGAUGAUUCUGAUGGAGCUUUUAAAGCCACGAGAUACAUAUACAUUUUCAGUUGAGCAUGAUGAGUUGAAAGUAUAUAAAACAUUGGAUACACCCCUUUUUUCUACUGGAAAAUUGGUAUUAGGGCCACAUCAAGAAAAGGGAAAACAGCAUGUUGGACUAGAUACCUUGGUUUUUUAUGUUAAUUUUGGUGACCUUUUAUGUACCUUACAUGAAACACCUUAUGUAAUAACAACUGGAGAUUCAUUCUAUGUUCCUUCAGGUAAUUAUUACAACAUCAAAAAUCUCCUGAAUGAAGAAAGUGUUCUUCUUUUUACUCAGAUAAAAAGAUGAGUUUAAAUACGUUUGUGUGUGUGUAUAUAUAUAUA